AUGUCAACGACAUUCCCUAGCCGAUCGGCUAGAGAUUAUCCAAAGCGUCGGAACGAACGCAGAGUUCCACCAUGGCUUCAUUUUGCAGCAGGUGGUGCAGGUGGCAUGUGUGGAGCCAUCAUUACAUCACCGUUGGAUGUUGUCAAGACGAGAUUACAGUCUAAUUUGUACAGUGGUCGGUUCGCUGUGGAAGAAAGCCAUCGUAGUGUUCUAGGUCUCUGUACUCGUGGUGCUCUUCAGUUUGUUGAUACGGGGCGACUCAUAGUCGAAAUUUCUGUGCGUGAAGGUACUCAGGCUUUGUUUAAAGGUCUUGGUCCUACACUCGUGGGUGUAAUUCCAGCUCGAGCGAUCAACUUUUACACGUACGGCAAUGGAAAGCGGAUCCUUUCAGACUUUUUCGAAUGUGAUUCUUCUUUGAUUCAUUUGACAGCCGCGGCAAUAGCAGGGAUUAUUACAGCCACAGCGACGAAUCCAAUCUGGGUUGUCAAGACACGCCUUCAACUGGAAUCUCAGCAAAGAGAAGCGCAAUCCAGACAAAUAAGGGCGGCUGCUGUGGGUAAGUUUAUGGCUUCAAGCAAAGCACGAAUUUCUGAGUCUGCAACGGUACCAUCAAACGCGUCCUCCGCUAAAGGCCUCUCACGACGCACGAUGUACACAACAACUCCAGUACGAGCACGAUUUUUUCAACCAAUACCGCCGCCACAACAUCCAAGUACUAACGCUUUCAGUAUGACGGCACAGAUUUUGCGAGUCGAGGGGAUUCGUGGUUUGUAUAAAGGUCUGAGUGCAAGUUAUUUGGGCGUGUCAGAAAGUACGAUUCAGUGGGUUCUGUACGAACAGUUCAAACGUACCCAAGAUCCUUGUGAGAAACCGUCUUGGUUCCAAACAAUCAGCUCUGCAGGAUCAGCAAAACUCAUUGCCACUAUUAUUACGUAUCCACACGAAGUGAUCCGCACCCGCUUGCGCCAGCAGCCUGAGGAAGGUGGGCGCAAGUACCAGAGUCUAAUCCAGACCUUCCGCCUUGUUCUGAAGGAGGAAGGUGCAUUGGCAUUUUAUGGUGGUCUCAGUGCCCACUUGAUGCGUGUGAUCCCCAACGCGAUUGUUACGUUUUCAAUCUAUGAAUUUGUAUUGAUGUUAGGCUCCGGAUGGAAAUGA